AGGGUUAAACGUGUCAGAGUUAAUUUUAACUCAGUAAGUGUAUUUUUAACAUUUAGCGAUGUAAUUGAUGCCCAGUGUUGGAGUUAUUUCGCAGAGUUGAUUGCGUUGGUGUUGAAUCAACUCUGCUGGGAGAUAAAUAAGCUCCUCCCCUCUGCUCAGUUUGAUUUCAAUCUGAACACGGCUCCAUUUUCUUCAUCUCCUGUUCUACACGGUUUAUCCCAUGCUGAAAUAAAAUGCUGAUCCAUGUAAAGUUUGGUGACCUGCAAAAGUAUGUGAAGUUGGAGGAGGUCGAAGGGCUGUUUGACUUUAAUCAGUUUCAUGAGAAAGUCAUUGAACAAUUUUGCCUGCCACCUGAUACCAAAGUUACAUACAAAGAUACAACAGAUACUGAAGUUGACGAAGAAAUAUUCAGUGACCUCCUUAGACAAGGCAAUGUGGUACAGACAGUUUUCUGCUAUGAUGAGUUCUCAGAAUGGUCAUCUGCUUCUGACUCAAGCUUCAACUCAAAUGCAUCAACAUCAACAAUACUAAUGGAUGAGAUGCCACGCAAGAAGCAAAAAACUGAGAAUCCUGAUAACUCAGUGUCUGCUAAAAAUCUGGUUGAAGGUGUCCUACAAAGCAAGUCUGGUGGUGAAGAAAUUCUGCAGGAGUAUGAAACUACAGAAACCCUAACUGAUGCCACAAGAAGACAAAUGGUGAACAUACUGGUGGCUCACAUGAUUGAUGAACAAGGGCACCUCCCCACAAAAGCAAUCAGAGACAAGUAUGGCUUUGGAAUAGUGACACUCUUCGCAUCCCUCAAGGAUCCAUACACCAAAAAAGGCAAUGAGGCCAUAUCUCUGCUUAACCACACCACAGACAGGUCUGUGAUCUUUCAGAAGAUGAGAGAGACUUUUGAGCACCAUCACAAGCUCAUUAAAGAUGCCAGUGGAAGAAAUGAUAUCCUGACCACAUUCCCGGGGUUCCUGGACACAAAAGGAUUGAUUGAUCAAGACUCCCGUCUCCUAUUCAGUGAAGAAACCUCAUCCAGACUGCUGCAGAAGUGGGAUGUGUUCUUCAAACCAAAUGUCAUCAAGGAGGCUAAGCGUUUCACUUCUCCACCUGAGUUGAGAAGUUUGGUGCAGUCAGCGGAAAGUCUUCAAAGCGAUGACCUCACUAACACAUCUAGCUAUGACCAAGAAAUGGCCUCGCUGUUACUUCUCUUACAUCUUCUUCCACCGCAACCAGAAGGACAGAAGUCUCCAAAAAUCAGUGCAAGUGAUGCAGAUGAGAGACUUGUUGUCUUUCAUAAGUCAUGCUGCAGUUUAGAGGAGCAUCAUCGGAGUCAACGGGGUCUGCAGCCAUACCUCCUUGCUGUUGGGCGUCAGAAAAGCAAGAUUGACAGAUUCUACAUCGUCAUGGAUAAGUGCCUCAUCCCAUGCCAGACAAACAGUUCUCUUGGAACAUUUGAUGAGCUAUUCAAAGCACAUUUUGUGUUUAAUUUCUCUUAUGAUGCUGCAUUGAUGAAUUUCUACACAUUUCUGCAGACAACAGUGUAUAACAUUGACGUGGGCAAAAUGAAGGAAUCGCCCAGAGUUAGGGACGUGAGAGCAAGGCUGCUAAACCAGUCCAUUGGGCUCUCUUGUGAGUAAGUCAGGCUAAAAAAUGUUGACCUGUUUUUAUGUGUCAAAAACUGUAUCCAAGCGGACACAUUUGAUCAUCAUCAUGCUUUCAAAAUUGUUCAAAGUGAAGAAAGGCAUUUAGUAAAAAUCCCUGAACUUAAAUUUCUUUUGAUAUUCAAAACUCUUAUGGCAUUUCUAAUGAAUGUGUGAUCAUUGUACCACAAUUUAAAAUGUUGGAA